AUGUGUCAUUAUAAGACAAAGCCCAACAGAGAGGAGGGUGAUCGGAGGCAUCACGACGUUGACCAGAGAGAGGAAGGUGAGACUCAAUUUUCAAAACUUCUAGGGUGUUUUGUGCUAAUUUUGAGCUUUGUUGAGGGCUUUUUCCAACAACAAUCCAAAAACAUGAUGAUGAUAAGAAGCUUGUGCAAGCUCGGUAGACUUAAGGAAGCUCUUCAAUCUCUCUACUCCAACCCUACUUCAUCUUCAUCGUCAUCGAACUCUGCUACCGCCGCCGCUGCCUACUCAUCUGUCCUCCAACUCUGCAUUGAUUCCAAUGCAAAACAAGAAGGUCUUUCUCUCCAAACUCAUCUUACAGCGAUUGGCUACUCCCCAGAUUUGCACUUGAGCACCAAAUUUAUUAUCUUUCACUCUAAAGUCACCGCCGACUUGGCUUCUGCUCGCAAGAUGUUCGAUUCAAUGCCUCAAAGGAGCAUCGUCUCAUGGACUGCCAUGAUUUCAGGCUAUGCUCAGAAUGGUUACUCAGAAGAUGCCUUGCACUUGUUCUCUUUGAUGCGUUGCUGCUCUGGUUUCUCUCCUAAUCAAUUCACUUUUGGUGCCGCUCUUAGUGCUUGUGCUAGAGUGGGUGCCUUCAGAAUUGGGCAGAAAAUCCAGGGAUGCAUUGAGAAGAGUAGAUUUUUUCGAGAUAUCUUUGUUCAGAGUGCUCUCCUAGAUUUGCAUUUGAAGUGUGGGUCGCUUGAGGAUGCUCGCUGUCUUUUUCAGAGAAUGGAAAUGAGGGAUGCCAUCUCUUGGAAUUUGGUGAUUGGAGGACAUGCAGUUAGAGGGUUAGGGGAUGAUGCAUUAGGAUUGUUCUGCUCCAUGCUAAGAGAUGGUAAUUCUCACUAUGUCUUCUUAACGUUUUUCCUUUCUUUGAUUUGUGAUGCUGCUUGCUUGGAUAGGCAAUCUGAUAACCUGAUAGAGAAGCUUGAUGGAUAUAAUCAUGUCAUCACUUUUAUGUCUGCUUAUCUUCAAUUCAACAUAGUUUACAUGAUGUUUAUAGAACACUACAAGUUGCAUUCAUCAACUUUUGUAUCUGUUCUUAAUCUUUGUAAUCCAUUCCUUUACACCAUUAGUGGCUUUCUUCCAGAUCAUUUCACUUUCGCAAGUGCUUUGAAGGCAUAUAGUUGUACUAAAACUCUAAGCAAUGUGAAUCAGACCCAUACUUUUGUUAUAAAAUCGGGAUAUGAGAACCAUAAUGUUGUUACUGGAUCACUGAUAGAUGCCUAUGCAAAAUGUGGAAGGAUAGACAAAGCAAAGAUAGUGUAUGAUUCAAUGCUCAAACAUGAUCUAAUCUCUUGUACUGCAUUAAUCAAUAGUUACUCAUCAGAGAGAUUCUCUUAUAGGGAGGCAUUGAACCUUUUCCGUGAGAUAAAUAGAACAUGUAUGGUAUUGGAUGAUGUCAUCCUUUGUUCCAUGAUCAAUUUAUGUGCAAAUGUCACUUCAUUAAGCUUAGGAAGACAAAUUCAUGCAUGUGCUCUCAAGAAACAACCUCUCCUUGAUGUAGCAUUUGGAAAUUCUCUCAUUGACAUGUAUGCUAAGACAGGAGAGCUUGAGGAUGCUCAUCAAGCUUUUGAUGAGAUGAAAGAUAAGAAUGUGAUAUCAUGGACUUCAUUGAUCACCAGUUACGGUAAACAUGGUUAUGGUGAAGGUGCAAUUACCCUCUUUCUUAAAAUGGAGGAGAGUGGAGUAAGGCCAAAUGAUGUUACUUUUCUUUCACUUCUCUUUGCAUGCAGUCAUUCUGGAUUGAUUACCAAAGGGAUAAAUUUUCUUAGUCUAAUGGUGAGCAAGUAUCAUAUCCGUCCUAGAGUUGAACACUACUCAUGUGUCACUGAUCUACUUGCACGUGGAGGUUUAUUGGAAGAAGCUUAUGAUUUUGCAUGUAAUAUGGAUGCUAUGCCCAACUUAUCACUUUGGGGCUCUUUGCUUGGGUCUUGUAGUAUAUAUGGAAAUACAUCCCUCGGAAGAAUUGCUGCAUCAAAUCUUUUUCAGUUAGACCCUGAAAGAUCUGUAAGCUAUGUUGUUCUUGCUAAUAUUUAUGCAGCAGCAGGAUUGUGGGAGGAUGCAAAGAAGAUCAGAAAAUUUAUUGAGGAAAGAUCUGUGAAGAAAAUUGUGGGUUGCAGCUUCAUAUGGUUAUAG